AUGCUUUUAUUGAAUGUUAGAGGUGAUAGGUUCACAAUCUCUAGUGUUCUUUCUGCUCGUGCCCAGAUGGGUGCUUUAGAUCUAGGGAAUUGGGUCCGACAAGUUGCAGAGAACAACAAAAUCUGGGAUGUCUUUGUGGGCACUUCUUUGAUUGAUAUGUAUGCCAAAUAUGGUUUUAUUUCAAUGGCAAGAGAAGUUUUUGAUCAAAUGCCCCAAAGGAGUGUUGCCACCUGGAACGUCAUGCUUUCUGGGUAUGCAUCCCAUGGGCAAGCUCGACAUGCAUUGGAUCUCUUUUUUGAAAUGGAGAAGUCUGGGGCUAGACCUGAUUCUGUCACCUUUCUUGCUAUCUUAAAUGCAUGUGCUCAUGUUGGCUUGGUUGAGGAUGGAAACAGGCUCUUGUUCCUAAGGUUGAGCAUUAUGGAUGCAUGGUGGAUCUCCUUGGACGUGCAGGGCUACUUAGGAAAUCAAAGGAGCUAA